CACAUCCAACUUAAAAUGCUGAGAUGAUCCACAAGUCACAGUUCCAUCAUUCGUUCCCACUCCCACACUGGUAUUUUGUCUGGUACAUGAGAUUUUAGAACAUGACGGUAUAUUUUCUCUUGCGAUCUGAUCCCUAUAUAACUAUCGACUGGUCGUUAUGGCUUUUGCUCGUCUCUCGUCCAAACUUCUGCAGCCAGCUCUUUCAAGCUGGAAAGAUUGCUAAUGCGGAGAUGACCGUCGUAUGCAUCAUCCUUUAAGUUUGUUGUUGCAAUGGUACUCGAAACGGAAGAGAGUCGACCUGGAGAUCCAUGGGAAAACUUACCUCUCGAAUUUCUGAUCAAAGUUCUCAGAGAUCAUGGUCGGCCGGUUUCAGCACUUGUGGCAUGUCGGUUAGUUUUUAAGAGGUGGAUGGAAAUCGUUGAUGGUCCUGAUUUGCGGAACAAAAUCUGGAAUGGACAUGUUCCUGUGUUUUAUGACAAUGACGGCAAGGCCUACUUUUGCGAAGUCCACGACUUUUUACGUUUCUUGGGAAAUCUGCGGCGAGACGUGCGUGACCAAUUUUUACAAUGA